UCCGUUGCGUCGUCUGUACCAAGGGAGAAGAGGAAGAACAAAACAAACCGAAACAACGAACGAACGAAAACGGAAAGUUUCGGAAAGAAGGAGAAGGCGCGGCCCUUGGAGAUUUCCCGUUCUACUCCGAGAUUGAACCAUGGAAGGCGACGAGGCUCCGCUGCAACGCCAAAGGUCUAUCGUGGCUCCUCUGAUCUUCUCCAUCGUCGUAUUGUUCCAGUUGGCCUCGAGAAGGUUGGAGCUCCUGAAGAGGAACGCCUCUAAGAGCGAGAAGGAAGUUCAACUGCGUGCCGAAAUAAAAAGACUCUACAAAGAGGCCAGCACAUUCUCACAGCCAUCGACGUUUGCUCAAGCGGCCAAACUUAGGAGGUUGGCAGCUGCUAAAGAGAAGGAACUCACAAACUGUAAGGCUACUGGAUCAGUAUUAUCUAUUGCUAAAUGUUAUCUGAGAAACUUGGAAGAUCAUUAUGAUUCUUCAGGCCAUGUACUUGGCUGCUCCAUAGAUCAAGAGUCACAGGGCAAGGAGGUGAAAAUGUCUUAUGAUUUGUACUUAAAGAUUUUGUUUCUCUUAAAGGUUAUUGCGUAUUUUCUUUUCAUUUGUUGGUAUUGGAGGGCUCCAGUUGCAGUAGUGUCUCAGCAACUUGUGCAGCCAUUUGGGAAGCUUCUUUCCUGGACUGCUGGUGACCACUUAACUAACAAUGUUACGGUUGGUGUUAUACCUUGGUUGAUAUUAUCUACCAGGGUCAGUAAAUUCGUUGCUCGGAUCCUUAAGUAGAACAAGUUACUUGAUGAAUACAAGGACAACUGAUCAUACUAUACCUUCGAUUGAAACAAAACAACUGAUUGCACAUCUUGCAUUCUCGUGUAAGCAAACAGGAUGAGGGACUUGGGAGAAGUCUGUUCCCUUGUAUCAGAAUCUAUAAGAGGUCAUUUCUUUCUUUCUUUCUUUUUUUUUUUUUCCUUGAUGAACUUGUAUAUUGAAGUUUUGGUAUAUAGCGAGCCCGCAAUAGUGAUACUUGCGAGACCUUUCUCGGCAUUUUGGCUUAGAUGAAGUGUAGUAUUCUUGCGAGUUUUCCUUUACGGAAGUGCAAACUUCAGGCUAACAAGUAACAACUAUGUACCUUAACGCAAGAUUUUGGCGCUUUUUUCUUUAUUUGGGGAGUGAAAUUAUAACUGUUGCAAUCCUUAGAAAC